GGCUGCUGCUGCCGCCGCUCAACACGGGAGCGAGUCAUGAUGACGUCCAGCGCCACAGACGGCCACUGGGGCUCCGGCCGGCCGACUAAGCCGCUGUUUCACCGGAUCCCGCUGCCCACCGGUCUUGAGCGGACCCUGGAGGACCUGGCCAGGGAGGUGCUCCGCAAACAGCCGGAGGAUAUCCAUCGCUUUUGUCACCAGUUCUUCGAGCACAGGCUCAAAGAGAGGGAGGAUCUGCGCAACAAGCCGGUGCUGCGCGGCGCUCCGACGUCACAGACGGAGGAGGUACUGCAGGAGGUGGAUGAGGACGAGACGGCCGGAUCGCUGCCCUCCACCGGCGACAGGGCCGCGCAGGAGCGCCAUGAGGAGCGAACCCGACAGGCGGCGCUGCUGGUGGGCGCCCUCAGCGCCGCAGCUGCCGGCGCUGUCACCGUGGGGGCCGUGGCCGGCUCGGUCCGCGCCGCCGAGGCCCGGCUGUCAGCCUCUGCCGAGCCAGAGACGACAGAAGGCGCCGAGGCUGCCGACGACACGCCGGCGGACCGGGAGGACGCCAGUGCAGGUGGCGCCACCGCGGCGGACGGCGGUGAGGGCGCCACCGAGGCGGCGGAGGAAGGUGGCGCCACCUCUGACGCCGACGAGCGGCCGGGGUCGGGAGCCGGGUGGGCCGCUGCCGGGGCCGCGGGGCUGGCGGCAGUCGCUGGGGUAGGCGGUCUCGCUCUUGCCUCGGUAGUUCCCGGCUCCGAGGCACCAGAGGCGGUCAAAGACGAGGAGGAGGAUCAGAAAGAUGGCGGUCACGGAGAGGCCGAAGCAGCGGAGCAGGGUGAAGAAGAGAAGAACAGGGAAGAGGAGGAAGUACAGGAACAGCCAGGGGACGAGCCAUCAGCGAGUCCAGAUAUAGCGGGAGAGGGAUCACCAGCUCAAUCUCCGACUCAGGACACUGGUUCGCCAGUUAAGUCACCCUAUGAACAUCAGUCACGAGCUCAAUCAUCGGCAGCAGAUGCAGAAAGCCGCGCAGCGUCACCGGCAGAGCAGUCAGGGCACCAGUCUGAAGCAGAACAGGAGUCAAGGACUCAAUCUCAAUCAGGAGAUCAGGACUCUAGACCACAAUCUCAAGCGGAAGAAAAGGAGUCAAUAACUCAAUAUCAAUCAGAACAGGACUCUCGAUCGCAAUCUCAAGCAGAACAUGAGUCAAGGCCUCAAUCUCAAGCAAAACUUGUAGACUCGAGACCCGGGUCACAAACUGAGCUCCAAUCCUCAAGACCUCAAUCGCAAACCGGCAAUGAAGGCUUAAACGUCUUCACAUCCAAUGAGACAGAAGAGGUCGACGCAGAAAUAAUAGCUGCAACACAUUCGGAUAGCACUGAGCUGCCGGACCACUUAGAGAGAUUCCGCAUUGAGUCACCGUCGGAAGAGUACAAGGCGCUCGUUCGCGCUCGACUUGGUGCCUCACCGGGUGAGAUUCUCACUAAAGAACGAGAGCUUCAUAGCCCAGAGACGCAUCAACCGGAGGGUGAUCUUCUCGAUAAAGAUGACCAGACUCAGCAAGACAUUAUGGAAGCCGUUACUACGGAAGUAUCUCGUCCUCAGUCUGCUGUUGCCGAUAAAUCUCGUCCCCAGUCUGUUAAAGAAGAAUCUCGUCCCCAUUCCACUAAGGAGGAGUCUCGUCCGCAAUCCACUGCUGCAGAGGGAUCUCGUCCACAGUCCGUCGCUGUAGAAUUGUCUCGUCCCCAGUCUGAAUCUGCGCAAAGAUCUCGUCCACAGUCCGUUGCCUCAGAGUUAUCUCGUCCGCAAUCUGCUGCUGCAGAUGGAUCUCGUCCGCACUCUGCUGCAGAAAAAUCUCGUCCUCAAUCUGCCAAAGAAGGGUCUCGUCCUCAGUCUGCUGCAGAUGGAUCUCGUCCGCACUCUGCUGCAGAAAAAUCUCGUCCUCAAUCUGCCAAAGAAGGAUCUCGUCCUCAGUCUGCUGCAGAAGGAUCUCGUCCUCAGUCUGCUCAAGAAGGAUCUCGUCCCCAGUCUACCAUGGAAAAAUCUCGUCUGCAAUCUACUGCUGCAGAGGGAUCUCGUCCACAGUCCGUCGCUGUAGAAUUAUCUCGUCCCCAGUCUGGAACUGCGCAAGGAUCUCGUCCACAGUCCGUAAAAGAAGGAUCUCGUCCCCAGUCGGCUGCUGCAGAAGGAUCUCAACCCCAGUCAGCUGCUGCAUCGGGAUCUCGUCCUCAGUCUGCCGCAGAAGAAUCUCGCCCCCAGUCUGCUCAAGAAGGAUCUCGUCCCCAGUCUACCAUAGAAAAAUCUCGUCUGCAAUCUACUGCUGCAGAGGGAUCUCGUCCACAGUCCGUCGCUGUAGAAUUAUCUCGUCCCCAGUCUGGAGCUGCGCAGGGAUCUCGUCCACAGUCGGUUGCUUCAGAGGUUUCUCGUCCGCAAUCUGCUGCUGCAGAUGGAUCUCGUCCGCACUCUUCUGCAGAAAAGUCUCGCCCACAGUCUGUACAAGAAGAAUCUCGUCCCCAGUCGGCUGCUGCAGAAGGAUCUCGACCCCAGUCAGCGACUGCAACGGAAUCUCGUCCCCAGUCUGCCAAAGAAGGAUCUCGUCCCCAGUCUGCUGAAGAAGGAUCUCGUCCACAGUCUGUUAAGGAAGGAUCUCGUCCCCAGUCUGUUAAAGAAGGGUCUCGUCUCCAGUCUACUAUAGAAGAAUAUCGUCUGCAAUCCACUGCUUCAGAGUUAUCUCGUCCGCAAUCUGCUGCAGUAGAAGGAUCUCGUCCGCACUCUGCUGCAGAAAGAUCUCGUCCACAGUCUGUAAAAGAAGGAUCUCGUCCCCAGUCUUCUAAAGAACGAUCUCGUCUCCAGUCAGCGACUGCAGCAGGAUCUCGUCCUCAGUCUACUGCGGAAGAAGGAUCUCGUCCCCAGUCUGCUGCUGCAGAAGAAUCUCGUCCCCACUCUGCUAAAGAAGGAUCUCGUCCCCAGUCAGCGACUACAGCCGGAUCUCCUCCACAGUCUGCUGCAGAAGGAUCUCGUCCACCAUCUGCUAAAGAGGGGUCUCGUCCUCACUCUGCUGAAGAUGGAUCUCGUCUCCAGUCUGCAGCUGCAGAAGGAUCUCGUCCUCAGUCUGCAGCUGCAGAAGGAUCUCGUCCUCAGUCUGCAGCAGGAGAUGGAUCUCGUCCUCAGCCUGCCAUAGGAGGAUCUCGUCCCCAGUCUGCUAAAGAGGAAUCUCUUCCUCAGUCCGUUGCUUCGAAAGACUCACACCCCCAGUCUGCUACACAAGGAUCUCGUCCCCAAUCUGCAGCUGUGGAAAGAUCUCGCCCUCAGUCUGUUACAGAAAGAUCUCGUCCGCAGUCUACUAAAGAAGGAUCCCGUCCCCAGUCAGCAGCUCUGGAAGAAUCCCGUCUUCAGUCUGCUACAGAAGGCCCUCGUCCGCAGUCUGCUGCUGUGGAAAGAUCACGUCCCCAGUCUGCUACUGAAGAAGGAUCUCGUUCCCAUUCUGCUGCUGCAGAAGGGUCCCGUUCCCAGUCUGCUAAAGAAGGAUCGCGUCCUCUCUCUGCUGGAGCAGGAUCUCGUCCCCAGUCUGCUACCGGAGAAGGAUCUCGUCCUAAUUCUGCUAAAGAAGGCUCUGGUCCGCAGUCUGCUGCUGCACAAGGAUCUCGUCCACAGUCUGCUACACAAGGAUCUCGUCCACAGUCUGCCAAGGAAGGAUCUCGACCCCAAUCCGCAGCUGUUGACGGAUCUCAUCCGCAGUUCACCGCUGUAGAAGGAUCUCGUCCUCAGUCUGCCGCAGAAGCAUCUCGUCCCCAGUCUGCAGCUGCAGACGGAUCUCGUCCCCAGUCUACAGCCGCGGUAAGAUCUCGUCCCCAGUCAGCGGCUGCAGACGGAUCUCGUCCCCAGUCUGUAUCUGCAAAAGGAUCUGGUUCCCAGUCAGCUGCAGCAGGAGGAUCUCGUCCCCAGUCUGCUAAGGAAGGAUCUCGUCCCCAAUCAGCGGCUGCAGAAGGAUCUCGUCUCCAGUCUGCUACUGCAGAACAAUAUCGCCCCCAGUCUGCAGCUGCAGACGGAUCUCGUCCCGAGUCUGCUGCUGCAGACGGAUCUCGCCCCGAAUCAGCUGCUGCAGACGGAUCACGUCCCCAGUCUGCUACUGCAGAUGGAUCUCGUCCCCAGUCUGCAGCUGCAGACGGAUCUCGUCCCCAGUCUGCUACUGCAGACGGAUCUCGUUCCCAGUCUGCAGGUGCAGACGGAUCUCGUCCACAGUCUGCAGCUGCAGAAGAACCUCGUCCCCAGACUGCUACAGUGGAAGGAUCUCGUCCCCAGUCUGCAGCUGGAGAAGCAUCUCGUUCCCAGUCAACUGCUGUCGCAGGAAGUCGUCCACAGUCCACUUCUACCGCUGAAAUGGCGCGUUCUCAGCUCGUUGACUCGACUGGGUCCCGCCCUCAGUCCGCUGCGGGUGUUGUGUCCCGUCCCCAUUCGGGUCUAGCAGAGGGAUCACGUUCUCAGUCUGUUGCCGCAAAAGAUUCAAAUCCUCAACAUGAACCUGGCAGCCCUUCCUCGUCAAGCAGGAUCACGUUGGAGCCUGUGCGGGCCGCGGUGGUGUACGACACGCUGUCGAUGACCCGCUACGGCGACCGGGUGAUCUCUCCGGGAGCAGAGACCGAGUACCGGGCGCAGUACCGCCGAUCAGAUGCCACAGAGUCACUGGCAUCAAUGGCCAGAGGAGGCAGCCGUGCACAGUCUGCGAAAUCACAGCAGGGGACGGACUCAUUGCCGGGAGAACUGCAACAGGAGAGUAGACCUCAGUCGGCAGAAGCUCAUCAGGAGCAGGAGUCAAAACAGGAGAGCAGACCUCAGUCAGGAGGACUCCAACAGGAGAGUAGGCCUCAGUCAGGAGGACUCCAACAGGAGAGCAGGCCUCAGUCAGGAGGACUCCAACAGGAGAGCAGGCCUCAGUCAGGAGGACUCCAACAGGAGAGUAGGCCUCAGUCAGGAGGACCACAGCAGGAGAGCAGGCCGCAAUCGGAGGGACCAAAGGAAGAAAGCCUAUCGCCAUCGGAAGGAGCACAGCAGGAGAGUACUGCUAUGUCAGAAGUACCUCAGGGAGAGAGCAAUAUACAUUCAGAAGAGCUUCAAAAUGAGACAAGACCACAGUCAGGGGAGCCUCAGCGUGAGAGCAGGUCUCUGUCAGAGGAACCUCAACAACAGGACAUAGCCCAACCAGAAGAAUCUCAGAAAGGUGGCAGUUCCCUACCAGAUACGGUCCAGCAGGAGAGCAGGCCCCAGACAGAGGUGCCACAACAGGAGAGCAGGCCCCAGUCAGGGGUGCCACAACAUGAGAGCAGGCCCCAAUCAGGGGCGCCACAACAUGAGAGCAGGCCCCAGUCAGGGGUACCACAACAGGAGGAUAAACCUCAAGCGGAAGAACCUAAGCAGGGGAGCAGGCCUCAAUCAGGAGCAGCUCAACAAGGGAACACACCUCUGUCAGAUGAACACGAUAACCCAAAUGCGUCGAUCGCUGGUGAGCCCCAAGAGAAUGUUGAUAAUGCCAUGAACGAAUCACUAAUAACUUUAUCGAAUAUUGAGGGACAGAGCUCGGUUCACUCUGCAGGCGCAGUUCGCACUUCAUAUGAUCUGAUGAAGCAUGAGUUCGAAUCCAUGGCAAAAUCGCCCCUGCAUGAAGUCGAUGAUAGCGUGCAGCGUAGUGCGUCUCAAAUGUCAGCCAAGUCCCUCACCGCAGAUGCUGCUGUAAUGGGAGUGGAGUUGACCUCCACUCAUGACCAGCAUGGUGACCAGCUCGUAACCUCGGAACUAAACGGAAGCAGACCAGCGUCCUCUACACCUGAGACUAAAGAACCGGAGACAGAGCCGGUUGUAGCCGUUGAAGAGGGUCACCAAGCUGAUGAAGAUGGCAGUCAGCUCGACCCCAACCCGGUGGCUUCCAGCCCACACGGAGACGAGACAAAACUGCAGGAUAUCGCACUACCUGAGCAACAAGAGCUGUCUCACUCGGAAGUAGACGGCUUAUCCCCUCGGCCACUGGAUGCAUCAUCAGAGCACCAGAACAUCGAAUCUUCAGAGAUAGAUCAUGCGUCUGUGAACCAGGAUUCUGAAUCGACGCAUGAAGAGUUCUCGAGUAUGCAGCCAGAGGUGUCCUCUCUCAAACUGGACAUUUCGUCCCCUCUGCCGAACGAUUCGUCACUGCAGCCAGACACACCUUCUCUACAACAGGAUGCCUCGUCAGUGCAGGAUGGCCCAUCGCCUCCUCCAGACGACGCCUCGUCCCCUCAGCCAGGGACGCUGUCUCCGCAGCCAGCCGAUGCAGUCGAGAGUGCGCACGCUGAUCACCUGGUGGCCUCAGACGACGAAUACGACCCGCUGGCUCUCACCCAGUCAGUGAUUCUUCCCGUGGGCCUCAGCGGUGGCCGACUGUCCGUCCAAUCCGAGAAGGCCAGCUCACCGUUUCCGGAGGUAGCGAACGAGCGCUUCAGUCCGUCACCAACUGGGGUUAAGGAUCAGACAGAGGACACAACGGAACCAGGUCUGCUGGAUGAUGGACCAGAAACACAAAACCGUAGUGCUACUUUUGACCUCAGUCAGGGUGACAACGUCUUGCUCGAUUCUUCGCUCGAGCGACAAGAAGAAUCCCGUGCUGAAAAAGAUCUCGAUAAAGGAAGCGUUGACCAAGUGGAUGGUGCGGCAGUGCCGGAUGAAAAUGAGCGUGCAGUCAGCGAAAAUGUUGAAGAUGAUCAGCAGACUUCAACCUUGAAUCAGACACCGAAUGCUGAAGAAGCACGCGUGUCAGACAAUGCCGAAACCAACAGCGUAAUCCCCGAAGCCAGCACAUUGGCCGAUGCAAAGGAGGUUGAUGCCGGUCCUUCACUGACCGCAGUUGCUGCAUCAAAGCUCAACGUCAUAUCGCCUACACCAACGCAGAAUAACAGCAGCCCGGAGAGUCUGACAAAGCCCAGCGACGACGACCAGUCCUCCCACCUGGCCGUGCCGGCGGUGGGUGCCAUCGGCUCUCUGGUCGGAGGCAGCGCUGGGGCCCUUGGCGCCCUCACCAGACGUCCGGAAAGCAUGGAGAAUGAGUCUGAAGUGUCUCAGAGCAGCGCAUUGCCGGCUACUGAGCAGUCAGAAGCAAACCUGGAAGUGGACGGUGAGAGAGGAGAUGCCGAGGGCCAGGAGACCGAGAGCUGGCUCAGCAGAGCUAAGAAGGAAAUCAAAGGAGUGUUCACAGGAGAUGAGGAUCAGCAGUCCAACAGAGAGGACCCAUCAGGGACAAAUGGCAAUGUUACGGAAGCCGAAGAAGAGCAAGAGUCUGGCAGCUGGCUUAGCAAGGCUAAAGAUGAAGUCAAGGGUGUGCUUUUCGGAGACGAGGAUAGAAACGAGGGGGAUACAAGUGACGGCUCCAAACCUCAGAUAAGUGACAAUGAACAUCAGGAGAGUGAUGCCGGAACUCAGAAUGGCUCAUCAGAACCACAAACCGAAGAAAAGUCUGGAAGCUUGCUAGACAAGGCUCGAGCUGAAAUAAAAGACAUCUUUACGGUCGGAAAGGAUGGACAAGAGCAGGAUGAAUCCAGUAAGGAUGAUGGAAAAUCGUUGAGCGGCCAGACCUACAAAGCAGAACACUUAGAAGACAGCACGCAAGAACGGGAAAAUUCUGAAAGCCUGUUCAGUAAGGCCAAGAAUGAAAUGAAAGGUGUCUUGUUUGGGGACGAGGUAGACGACAAAGAAGAUGAAAGUGGAUCCGAAUCCCACGACGCUCCUUCUGGAUCUCAGCACGACAGCACUCGGCCUCAGGAGGAAGGCGCUGCUCUGGAGCAACAAUCAAACGGUGAAGAGAAACACGGAGAGGACAGUGAACAGUCAGGAAGCUGGUUUAGUCGAGCUCGUAAUGAGCUGAACAGCACUUUUCAAGAUCUAAAAAAGGAUGUGAAGGACACGUUUACAUUCCCAGGCUAAGAUUUGGAUGACAAUGGAUGAUUAUUAAAUUUAAACUGUUUAGGUACUGAACACCUGACUGGAUUAACUAUGUGUGUCACAUAUUUACAGCACAGGCUUAUGCAGUUACAAAUCUCCAGAGACCUGCAUAAUCUGUGCGAUUGUUCACGUUUCUUGGUAUGCCGUUCCAUUGGAGGCUGUCAUUACAGCAUUAUGCUUCUAUUGGAAACACGAUGUGCACCUCAUUCACAACGCAACAAUACACGUAUGAUUGUUAACUGUAAAGCCCACUUAAUACUUAUGGGCUUAUCGCUGAUCAGUGUGAUUAGUGUUAGGCGGGAGAAGGUGAAGACUCUUGAGAGUGAUUUUAAAUAAGUGUGAAAUAUUCGCCCAUGCAUCGAAGUGUUAACGAACAUAUUUUUAACAUUUUACGGGACAUGCGAGCUCUUGACAAUAGCAGAAAUGGUCAGUCGCAUCAUCAAGGACCGAGGACGCUUUCAAAUUUUUAACUAUAAAUAUUUU